UUCCUAAAGUUAUAAGAAACACAAACACUGACACUUGUGUCAUAUUAAAUGUCAUGGUCUGUUUUUACCCAGAAUUAUUGCUAAAGUGUUGCCUCCACGUACAUCACACGCUAGGUGUACAUGUUCUUAAUUUUUGUGUUGGUACCUUGUCAUUUCCACUUUUAAAAUCUUAGAAACGGUGACUGCGUAGUCCCUGGACUUGUUGACCCAUGGUCUGUCCAGGUGAUUUGUCCUGCAUCCAUGAAAUCCAAGGACUAAACGUGGCUUGAUUGAUGACCCUUACUGGGUGAGAGCAAUCCAGUGAUCCCUUUUGGGUUUUGUUUUAUCUUCCAGAACUGCUACAAUGGAAGUUAAAGGAAAAAAAAAAAUCACAGGAAAAGAUGUGAAGACCUCACAAGACAAAAACAAAUUUCAUAAAAACAGUGAUUCUGGUUCGUCAAAGACCUUUCCAAGAAAAGUUGUCAAGGAAGGUGGACCUAAAAUCACACCUAAGAACUUCGAGAAAUGUGCCACAAAACCCGGGAAAAAAGGUGUAAAGCAGUUCAAAAAUAAGCAGCAAGGGGAUAAAAUACCAAAGAACAAAUUCCAGCAGGCAAAUAAAUUCAACAGGAAGAGAAAAUUCCAGGCGGAUGGUAAAAGUGAUGAAUCAGCGGCCAAGAAACCGAAGUGGGAUGACUUCAAAAAGAAGAAGAAGGAACUGAAACAGAGCAGACAGCUCAGUGAUAAAACCAACUAUGACAUCGUUGUUCGUGCGAAGCAGAUUUGGGAGACCUUACGACGAAAAGACUGUGACAAAGAAAAGAGAGUCAAGUUGAUGGGUGAUUUGCAGAAGCUGAUUCAAGGGAAGAUUAAAACAAUGGCAUUUGCUCAUGACUCCACUCGUGUGAUCCAGUGUUACAUUCAGUAUGGUAACGAAGAACAGCGAAAACAGGCUUUUGAGGAGCUGCGAGAUGAUUUUGUCCAAUUGAGUAAAGCUAAGUAUUCCAGAAAUAUUGUUAAGAAAUUUCUCAUGUACGGGAGUAAGCCGCAGAUUGCAGAGAUCAUGAGAAGUUUCAAAGGGCACGUGAGGAAGAUGCUGCGGCACGCAGAGGCGUCCUCCAUCGUGGAGUACGCGUACAAUGACAGGGCCGUCUUGGAGCAGAGGAACAUGCUGACGGAGGAGCUCUAUGGGAACACGUUUCAGCUCUACAAGUCUACGGAUCACCCAACUCUGGACAAAGUAUUAGAGGUACAGCCCGAAAAGCUAGAGCUUAUCAUGGAUGAAAUGAAGCAGAUUCUAACUCCAAUGGCCCAAAAGGAAGCUGUGAUUAAGCACUCAUUGGUGCAUAAAGUAUUCUUGGACUUCUUUACCUACGCACCUGCCAAGCUAAGAUCAGAAGUGAUCGAAGCCAUCCGCGAGGCAGUAAUAUACCUGGCACACACACACGAUGGCGCCAGAGUGGCCAUGCACUGCCUGUGGCACGGCACGCCCAAGGACAGGAAAGUGAUUGUGAAAACAAUGAAGACUUACGUUGAAAAGGUGGCUAAUGGCCAGUACUCCCAUUUGGUCUUAUUGGCGGCAUUUGAUUGUAUUGAUGAUACUAAGCUUGUGAAGCAGAUAAUCAUAUCAGAAAUUAUUAGUUCCUUGCCUAACAUAAUAAAUGACAAAUACGGAAGGAAGGUCCUCUUGUAUUUACUGAGCCCCAGAGAUCCUGCACACACAGUGCGGGAAAUUAUUGAGGUUCUGCAGAGAGGAGAUGGGAACGCACACAGUAAGAAGGACACCGCCAUCCGCCGGCGAGAGCUCCUGGAGGCCGUCUCUCCGGCUUUGUUAAGCUACCUGCAAGGACACGCCCGCGAAGUGGUGCUGGAUAAGUCUGCAUGCGUGUUGGUGCCCGGCAUUCUGGGAGCUGCCACGGGAGACGUCCAGCCCGCCAUGAGCGCCAUCGCCGGCUUGGCGGCCGCAGAGUUGCACCCGGGCGGCCAGGACGGAGAGCUUCACGUCGCAGAGCAUCCUGCGGGACAUCUCGUUCUGAAGUGGUUAAUAGAACAAGACAAGAAGAUGAAGGAAAGCGGAAGAGAAGGUUGUUUCGCAAAAACACUUGUAGAGCAUGUUGGUGUGAAGAACCUGAGGUCCUGGGCCAGUGUAAACCGAGGUGCCAUUAUUCUUGCUAGCCUUCUCCAGAGCUCCGAUCAAGAAGUUGCAAACAAAGUCAAGGCCGGACUCAAAGGCCUCAUUCCCACAUUGGAGAAAAACAAAAAUGCCAGCAAAGGAAUAGAAACGCUGCUUGAAAAACUGGCCGCAUAGUGGAGAUAGUCCAGAACAGAAUGGAAUCUUCUUUCCUGUUCUCUUUUCCCAGAGCGGGAAAGAAGGGCCAGGGGCCGCCUUCCUGGGAGUCUGGGUGCUCUGUAUAUGUGCUUCUUCUUUGUAUAAGAGUCUAUUUAUAAAACAGUUUUCUAAAAA